AUGGAUAAACUUCUAAAAAUUGGCUUUUCACCCCAGCUCAUUUUUACCAUGGGAUUCGAAGCAGCAACAAUUAGUAUACGCCAACGCCUGAUAGAUAUCGACUACCAGCAUCAGUUAUUAUUAGUUAAAAAACAGAGACAUAACCCAAAGUUCUUUAAUUCAAUGCCAUUCUUAACAAAUCUGGAAAUCCCUAAACAUCGGAUAGCCUUUACCCAAAUCUGCUUAGAUGUUUUACCUUCAGCCGUCAUGAACGGCAGGUUCUCCAAAAUACCUUAUAAAGACCGAGUGUGUCUCUGCGGAGAGGGAGCUGUUGAGAACAAUACUCAUGACACCAGCAUCAGAGAGACUGAAAUAAAGAACCAGUCUGUUACUAUGGAGUUUACACUGGUCGGUCUAACUUGCUCUGCAGAAUUACAGACACUUCUCUUUGGGGUAUUCACAUUAAUCUAUGCUACUGCUUUAGCUAGUAACUUCCUCCUCAUCUUUACCAUAUGUACUUGCAAGAAACUCCAUACUCCCAUGUACUUCCUGCUCAUCAACUUAUCCUUAGUGAAUGUGUUGUCCAUCUCAGUUACAACUCCAAAAUUGCUCCAGACUCUUUGGACCCACAGAAACACCAUCUCUUGUUAUGGCUGCAUUACACAGUUGUUUCUAUUCGUAUGGUGUUUGGGAACAGAGCUUUUUCUCCUCUCAUUUAUGGCUUUUGACCGUUAUGCUGCUGUCUGCCAUCCUUUGCAGUACACAGUCAUCAUGAAGAAGGAAGUGUGUGUUGGCAUAGCUAGUGGAGCGUGGCUUGCUGGGAUGGUCAGUUCUGCUGUUUAUGUUGGACUUCUGCUGAAACUUUCCUUCUGCAACUCUAACAUAGUCAACCAUUUCUUCUGUGAUGUACCCCCACUUUUAAAACUUUCAUGCUCUGACACCAGUCUGAAUGAGAUUAUGGCCUUUGUGGCAGAUGUGAUCAUUGGGGUUAGUAGCUGUGGGUUAACACUAACAUCUUACUGCUUUAUCCUGAGAGCUAUCUUCAGAAUCCGUUCCACUGAAGGGAAGAAGAAAGCUUUCUCCACAUGUUCCUCCCAUCUCAUUGUAGUCAGUUUUUUCUUCUCUUCAGUCAUUUACACAUAUAUAAGGCCCAGCUCAGACUACUCUCUAGACAAAGACAAAUUUGUUUCUCUCCUUUAUUCAGUGGUAACCCCAGUGGUGAAUCCACUCAUAUAUUCUCUGAGAAACAAAGAAGUAAAAGAGGCACUCAAGACAAUUACUGGAAGAGGCAAGCUGCUCCAGUGA